UUCUGCCGUCCCCACCCGCCCGUCCGUUCCAAUCCAUUCCCCAAUUCAGCAGCAGCAGCAGCAGCAGCACGAGGCGCCUCUGCGAAUUCCGACAGCGAGAGCGGGAAGAGGAAACUCGAAACCCGGCGAGCGGCAUGGCCACCGGCGAGGAGCACGUGGCGGCGGCGGCGGCGGCGGUCGAGGAGACGCCGGAGAAGAAGGAGGCCGGCGUAACCGAGCUCCCCGCGCCCUCCGGCUGGACGAAGAAGCUUGCCCCAAUUAGAGGUGGAAAGUUUGAGGUUAUUUUUGUUUCCCCAACUGGUGAGGAGAUCAAGACCAAGAGACAGCUGACCCAGUACCUGAAAGCUCAUCCUGGAGGCCCUGCAUCUUCGGAGUUCGAUUGGGGAACCAGUGAUACUCCUAGACGAUCAGCACGCAUAAGCGAGAAAGUCAAGGCAACUGAGAGCCCAGAAGGUGAGAAGACCCCUAAACGUGGAAGAUCAAGCUCUAAGAGGGGCAAAAAGGAGAAAAAAGAAGAUGCAGAUGCAGUGGAUGCCAAUGAAACUGUAGGCCGUGGCACUUUGGAAGGCAUUGAUGUGGAGAUGAAGGAUGCUGAAAACGCCAUAGAAGAGAAGAAAGAGGAGGUCCCCAGUGCAGAUAUUGACGAGAAGACUGAAGGAGUUGAAGAGAAGAAAGAGGAGGCCCCUGGUGCAGAUGCCACAGAGAAGACUGAACAAGGCGCUGAAGGCCAGGAGCAGGCUAAUAAUGUCGCUGCCCCAGAAUCAGAGAUCAAAUCAGAUGCGAAACCAGCUGAAUCUGAAGUAGCUCCACCGGCACCUGUAGUAGAGGAAGAGAAGAAAGAGAUGAAAACCGAGAACACCCUGGCAGCUGAAACUUCUGUGCCUCUGGCAGCUGAAUCCGCGGUGCCUCAGGCAGCAUCUUCAGAGGGAGAGAAGAAAGAGGAUGGUGGCGUGACGGAACCUGCUGUACCACCUGCGGCUGAGACAAAGGAAGAUGCUCCUCCAGCAGAGGCAGCAAAGGAGGCUGAGAAUUCGGGCCAGGUGAACGUUGCCCCCCAAGAACCGUCAGCAGCGAACUGCGACAACAAGGGGCAGAUCCAACCAGGCGCCUCUGCUGUGAGGUGCACAUAAAAGCCGCUCGGUCUCAGAUGGGAUGCGUCACCGUGUGUUUAGGACAUUAUCUCGCAUUUGCUUUGAGUUUUGUAAUCGUACUUAACCCGACAGCGCUGCUCAGCACUAGGCUGGCCAGUGUGUAGUUUCCCUUCCCUUCUGAUGGUCGCGGCGCCGCUGCUGGGGGCAGUAGGCUGGCCUGUGCCGCCUUGGUCACCUGCAGCCGUCGUAAGCUCUGUACUACCUGUGUAACUCGUUAGCGUGCUCGGACAUUGAUCCCUGGAGAGGGCCGGAGGACGCAGAGGCCUCCGCCCAUGUUGUAACGUGACGUUGUGUGUGCUGUUAUGCCUUGUGUUUAAGAACUUAUAUUAUGAUCUAUAAAUAAAGCCGUAGGUGUGGCAGGUCAUUGCCUGACCACCUUCGGUCACCGAAUCA